UUUCCAUUUCCACUUCACAUUUCAAUUUCAAUUCCCAUUUUCAUCUCAAACCCUUCAAAUUCUUCCUCUUCUUCUUUCUCUCUUCCAAAACCCAACAAAAGAUUGCUCCUUUCGUUUUUCUGCUCAGCUUUCCCGGCGAAAUUCGACCUUUUCCGGCGAGAUUCCAAUGAAAGCCGACGGCUUUCCGUGAAGAAGCGAAAACGGCGGCCAUGAUGAUGAUGAGGGGAGUGAACGGCGGAGAGUUGAGAAGUGGGAACAACAACGCUUUGGAUACUAUAAACGCAGCUGCCUCGGCGAUCGCGGCGGCGGAGAGCCGUGUUCCUCAAGCCACCGUGCAGUAACGAGCUUUGGUUAAAUGCAGAAGAGAAGAUGGGCUAGAGGCUGGGGUGUCUAUUGGUGUUUCGGCUUUCAAAGACAUAGGAAGAGAAUCGGACAUGCUGUCAUUCUCCCGGAAACAACUUCCCCUGGACGUAAUGAUUCUAGAGCCGAAAAUCCUACCCAAGUACCGUCCAUUGCACUUCCCUUUGCUGCACCUCCUUCCUCUCCUGCUUCGUUUUUUCAGUCAGAACCUCCUUCUGCCAUGCAAUCACCAGCUGGUUUUAAAUCUUGUAUUUCUGCCAGUAUGUACUCUCCCGGGCCUGCAUCAAUAUUUGCCAUCGGUCCUUAUGCUCAUGAAACUCAGUUGGUCUCGCCUCCUGUUUUCUCAACCUUUACUACUGAACCAUCAACUGCUCCAUUCACUCCUCCUGCCGAGUCUGUCCACUUGACUACACCAUCGUCACCUGAGGUUCCAUUUGCUCAGCUGCUUGAUCCUAAGUUUAGGAACGGUGAAGGUGGUCAGAGAUACCCACUAUCUCCCUAUGAGUUUCAGUCUUACCAACUGUACCCUGGAAGCCCAAUUGGUCAGCUUAUAUCACCUAGCUCAGGCAUCUCAGGCUCUGGUACUUCUUCUCCUUUCCUUGACAGUGAGUUUGCUUCUGGUGGUCAUCACUUCCUGGAGUUCCGAACAGGUGAAGCUCCUGAAUUCUUGAACCUUGAUAUUCUCUUCACCCGUGAUUGGGGUUCAAGACUGUGUUCGGGUUCUGUGACUCCUGAUGCUGCAAAGUCUACAUCUUCGGAGGGUUUUACUUUAAAGCCGCAUGCCCAUGAAGGUGAUUUUUUUGCAAGAUCAAACAGUCGACGCAGAAAUGAUGGUGCUUCCAUCGGUCAUAGAGUCUCAUUUGAAUUGAGUGCUGAAGAAGCUGGAAGAUGUGUUGGCAAGAAGCCAGUAGCACUAGCUGAAGCUGUAUCAACAUCUCUACAAAGUUUUACAAAAGCUGAAAGAAUAGAAGGUCCUAAUAAAAAGGUGAUCAGUAGUCAUGAGUGCCCUGUUGUUGACACAUCCAAUGAUUCAUCAGAAAAGGCUGUAGGAGGAUAUGGGGAGGAGACAUUCCACCGGCAUCAGAAGGAGCGAACCAUCACACUUGGUUCAACUAAGGAAUUCAAUUUUGAUAAUGCAGAUGGAGGCGAUUCUAGCACCCCUAAUAUCAACGCUGACUGGUGGGCGAAUGAGAAGGUUGUUUCCAAGGAGGACGAGGGAUCAAAGAAUUGGUCUUUCUUCCCUAUGAUACAGCCAGGCGUGAGUAAUUCAGCACGCUAAUACCACAAUGGCUUCAACUUGACAAAUUUUGUGUUUUUAGAUUAAAUGAAGUUCUUAGAUGACUACUGAGCCAGGUCCGACCGUCCGAGGCUGUUUUUUUGUACAUGGUGAUUUAGAAUUGAAGCUCAGAAGCUGCGUGGUCGCCUAUGGAUAGUGAUAAUCACAGAUUGAACCCAACUUUUGGAUUUUAAUGUCAGUGUUUUACUGUGUAAUAUAAUUUUUACAAAUA